GAUAAAUUGAAGUGCGGAGAGGGCUUUGAUGUCUUCUCACAAAACAAACCCCUGGCGAAAGAUUCCAAACAGAAUCCCAUCUUUGCCUCUUUACCCAAGCAAAUCACCACCUCAAACUUCACGAAACUACACACACAACACACACUCACUCUCCCCCAAUCUCCACCGCCGUCGCUGCGGCACCCUCCGCCGCCUCACAUGAUCCAAACCCCGCCCAAGGAAUCGACCCGCCGCCCAACCCGUACCGGCAUGAGGCUUAUCGUACCGCUGCAAGGAGUGGUUCAAGGCCGCGGCGGCAUACUCCUCGGCUCCCUGAUUCCCUGCGCGCUCUUCUACUUCCUCCAAUUUUACCUGAAGAGGAACCGCUCGCCUCCGCCACCGAACCCUCCGUCGCGCUCGACGUCGUCGGCGAACCUCUCCGAGCUGCCGCGCUCGUCGUCCCGCCCCAAUUUGCUCUCUCGCGGCGCGUCCAUGGGGCGCGUGCAGCUCUCCGGCCGGGCGAAUAACGUCGCCAAGCCGGACGAAUCGCCGUACUACAUUGGUUUGGAUCGGGUGCGGGAGGACGCGUACGACGAAGUGAGCAAUCCUGAUGGCGUUAUGCAGCUCGGACUGUCGGAGAAUAGGUUAUCAUUGGAUUUGAUUGAGGAGCGGCUUUCAAAAAAUUUGACCGAUUUGAUGUCCGGAGCAGGCGGCGGCGGUGGUGGCGGCGCUCUGGGGAUGAGAGGAAUCGCGACGUACCAGCCCAUGGAUGGAUUAUUGGAGUUCAAAAUGGCAAUGGCUGAUUUUAUGACUGAAGCAAUGGGAAACACAGUGUCUUUUGAUCCUUCAAGAAUGGUAUUAACUUCUGGUGCAACUCCCGCUCUUGAGAUACUAAGUUUCUGUCUGGCUGAUCCAGGAAAUGCAUUCCUUGUCCCUGCACCAUAUUAUCCUGGAUUCGAUAGGGACAUGAAAUGGCGAACAGGGGUUGAACUAAUUCCUGUUCACUGUCGUAGUUGCGAUAAUUUCACAUUAAGCAUCACGGCUCUUGAACAAGCAUUUAAUCAGGCAAGGAAGCGAGGUCAAAAGGUCCGCGGAAUUCUGAUUUCCAAUCCAUCGAACCCUGUUGGGAACAUGCUGAAUCCUUAUGACAUCCUAGAUUUUGCCAGAGAGAGGAACAUCCAUAUCAUAUCAGAUGAAAUUUUUGCAGGUUCAACAUAUGGGAAUGAAAAGUUUGUGAGCAUGGCUGAGAUAGUUGACUCAGAAGAUGCUUUCAAGGAUAGGGUUCAUAUUGUGUACGGACUAUCUAAAGAUCUUUGCAUCCCGGGCUUUAGAGUUGGGGUUAUUUAUUCCUUCAAUGAAAAUGUUUUGAAAGCAUCCAAGAAAUUAACCAGAUUUUCUUCAGUUUCAACUCCAACACAGCAGAUUCUAGCACCGAUGCUUUCAGAUAAAAGGUUCAUCCAGGAAUACAUCAACACGAAUAGGCAAAGAAUACAGUCCAUGUAUGAUUUGUUUGUUGCGGGUUUAAGAGAGCUGGGACUAGAAUGCACAGAAAGCAGUGGAGGCUUAUACUGCUGGGUUGAUAUGAGCAAAUUAAUCAGUCCGUAUAAUGAGAAAGGGGAGCUUGAUCUAUGGGAUAAGCUCUUAAAUACAGCCAAGAUCAAUGUAACUCCUGGAUCGGCUUGUCAUUGUAUUGAACCAGGAUGGUUCAGAUUUUGUUUCACGACAUUAAAAGUAAAGGAGGUUCCUUUAGUCAUUGAACGAAUACGUAAAGUUGUUGAAAGCUGUAAACCUUCUGUAUAAAACUUAUGCUAUUGGGUCCUAUUGGCCAGAUUAGCCAUAAUUGAAAUGCAGUAGCUACCUGCUUUGGGUGUUAA